AUGGAUCUCGGUUCGUACGAGCAAUACGUGACAUCAGUGAUGUGGCGAUCGGAUACGACGGUGGUGGCAUUCUCAAAGAAUGAGGAUGGUUUGGUUCCUACCAUGGAAUAUGGCAGUCCUUCGCAGCGGAUUGUGGCCGCUGGAGCUGGUCGUAUGGAGAUGCGUGGCACUGUGGAGGUCGGACUGGUAGCAGGGUACAGUGGUGACCUGGGUUUCAUGAUAUGGAGUGCGUCCGUCGAAACUGCGUACCUUACUAGUGGCAUUUUCACAAAUGCUGCCGUCGCGAAGUCAUUGCCAAAGUCGAUCAUUGUUUCUGUUGCGCCUGUAACCAAUAUGCCUGUAACCAAUACGCCGGUGCCAUCGACCACGGUUUAUCCGGUUGCAGAAGCCCCGAGAUUCGUGGCAACCACAGCCGAGCCGUUAACUAUGGAAAAUGCCGCCGCAUUUAUCACGGUGAGCAAUUGGGCACUCGAAGAUGUUGAUGGGUCCGAAGAGAUGUAUCUCCGUCUGCGAUGCAACGCCAAUACGUGGAAGACGGUAUCUGUUGAUGGUACGGAAGUGGGCAUGAUUGUGACAACGGAUGUCUCUACAACGGUUUACGAGCUACUCCCUCCUGGUGUCUAUCGAAACGAGGGAAGCACCGAUCUACACGUGCAAUUAACCCCGCCGUCAUAUUUUUCUGGACCCAUCGACUGCAGCCUGGUAGCGCACUCCAUUGAUCGCAUCGGCCUUCUCGUCUCGGAAGACACCUACGAGACGGCUGUGAGCGUGGCAGUCGUUGCGGAGGCAACGGUGCCUCUUGUUUCGAUUGCGACGACUAGCUUCACAGCAGUGGAAAACGGUGUGAUCGUGUGCGACUCGGUGGCAGCGUCUUUGGUUGACACAGACGGGUCAGAGACGUUGUUCCUGGUCAUGGAUCUCGGGACGUACGAGCAAUACGUGACAUCAGUGAUGUGGCGAUCGGAUACGACGGUGGUGGCAUUCUCAACGAGAGCGGACGGUGUGUUUCUUAGAACGGAAUACGGUAGCACUUCGCAGCGGAUUGUGGCUGCUGGAGCUGGUCGUAUGGAGAUGCGGGGCAGUUUGGAGAUCGGACUGGUAGCAGGAUAUAGCGGUGACCUGCGGUUCACGAUAUGGAGUGCGUCUAUCGAAACGGUGUACCUCUCUAGUGGUAUUUUCACCAAAGCUACGGUCGCGAGGGCGUCGCCAAUCUCGAUUGAUGUCUCUGUCUUACCUGUAGCGAAUACACCUAUGCUGGAUGCCAAGGUCGUGCAACGAGUGGCUCGUUUAGGUGCAGCAGUUGUGCUGUCAAUUGGCACCAUCUCUUUGCGGGACUUGGAUGGAUCAGAGGAGCUAUCAGUCGAGCUGAUAGCGGAUGUUAAGUCGGACGCAGUGACCGUAUUUUUCGACGGACGAGUGCUCCAGGCCAAGCUCGAAUCGAGCCCAACGUUAUCAUCAUUUAAAAACGAGGUGUCUACACCGCAUGCUGUCUACGCACUACCCGUACGGACGUCCACGGACGGCAUCAUGGAUGCCGAGAUUAUGAUAGUAGCAGUGGAUGCACUGCUCACAGGCAUGUUCAGUGUCUUCCUCACGGCAACAUCCCGCGAGCUUUACUACACGAGCACGUCGAGUGCUACUACAGCUUCAGUAGUAAUGUCGGCUGUGGUGGGGUGGGUGGCGGAACCUACUGUUUACUACGGCAAGCCGCUGGACUUUUGGUUUGAAGGACACGAAGACACAGCCAUGUCCAUCCCACUGAGCAGCGUUCGUGAGAGACUGUUGGUCGAUGUCCGAUUGAGCGACGCUAGUGCAAUAGUGUACAGCCACUGUCGACUUGCAUGGGAUAAAGGUCGAGUUCAGGCGGUGUUUGUAGACGAUGAGAGAGUGCCGGUACCUGUUUCCAUUGCCGGCAGCUUCGGCUCACUGGUGUUUGCAGAGUACCAGGAGUUUGCGUUCGACACAUCGGAGAACUUAAGUGUGGUUCCAGUCCAGGGAUACUCUGGUCAAGUGGCCGUCUCUCUGGUAGUUCACGCAUACGCGCCUACGUUGGGCCAAGUGUAUAUGCUUACGGCUACAUUCCGGAUAUCAACGCUUCCGAUGGCAGCUAGCCGCUUCUUCUCAGCGAUGCCGAACGGGUCAGCACCCAUCCACUUCGGGUUCAACCACGAACUGGAUGUGGUGGUGAGCGAGGGUGUCGCAUCGACUGGGGACACAGAAGUAGUGUCGCUCCGUGCUGUAAUGAACGACCCUGGUGCCGCUGUGGUAGCGCAAGACUCGCCGUUCUGGAGGUCCGAACUUACUGCUAUCAACGGUGAUCCGUGGACUCCGAAUACCGUGUUCAUGCUGGACGACGGGAGUGAGUCUUUAAACAGCACCUUGACUAUUUCACCUCCUCGGAAUUUCAUCGGCAGCUUACCCUUGACUUUACAGUCAGUGGCAGCGACGAGCAACUUGGUUCCGUCCGAGCUUGUAGCCGGUGUGACAGUGACCGAAGCAAAUGGGCUGGAACACGCAUGGAUGACGAUCUUAUCGACAUCUAUCGUGGACAUCGUUCUGCCAACGCAGUGGAACCACGCUCAAUCCCCUCGGUUCAGUGUGAUGAAUGCGGGCGAAAACGUGUACGAAGACGAAUUGGGUGUUCUGUGGAUCUCGGAGCUGUCGGUGACAGAGCUGGAUGCCACGGCUCCAGAUGUUAAUGUUUCUUUAGAGAUACUACUACCAGAGAAUUGCAACCUGUCCGUGUCUAUGGAUACUUCGACAAUGUUGGCAAGUGGAAGUCAGACGGUAGACGGUAUGGUAUACACGGUGCUGCCAGCUCCUGUGACUUCGCAGGCUGUAUACUUCGCCGCUGGGUCGACGCACCCGACACACGUGAUAGCGUUUCUCCGCGCGACUGUGUUUGCAUUCAGCAGCUGGAACUGGACGUCGAUCCCGGUGAGUUUGCACUUCUUGACGGUCGCAGAGAAGCCGACGUUGUCGAUUGCGACGACGAACAUGUCGAUCACUGAGGACGGGGUAUUUUCCGGGAUCAUUACGGUGAUGCCAACGAAGGCAGAUCUGUACUACCGCAUUCAAGCGUUUUACCCGUCCAAUUAUAUUUCUCAAGUGGCUAAUGCUAGCUCAAGCACGAGCUGGUCUACAGGUGCUGGAGUCUCUGGUCAUUUGCUAUCGUCGUUUUCGACACAAUUGGGGUCUGGAGUAGGCAAUUCUACGACGAUUGCUUUGUCACUGGUACCUGUGCCGAAGAUUUCUGGAAAUUUGAUGGUGGAUAUAGUGGUGGUGACGUCGACAGUGGAUGUGGCCGAUGAUUUAUUUACGUCUGACUGCUAUCUGCGUGUCAUCAAUAGUUUGGACUUAUUCGGGUGUCUUCCCUUUGUUCAGUGGAAGUCGUUGGCCGUGACGUCCCAGCCGAUUCCUCUCGUAAUUUAUCCGGUUGCGGAAGCACCGAGACUGGUCGUGACGCCCUCCGUUCUAUCAAUCACUGAGAAUGGCGAAGCUUCUGUUACACUGAGCAACUGGACUUUGCCAGACAUCGAUGGAUCUGAGAGAAUGGAUCUCCGACUCCGGUGCACGAACACCGCGUGGCAAAUGGUGUUUGUCAACGACGUUUUAUGCCACGCAUUAGUACACGAUGCAGAUAUGACCACCACUUUUGAUAUACUGCCACUUAAUGUGUAUCGAAGCGAUGGAAGCGCCGAACUGAGUGUCCAACUAAGUCCCCCGUCUUUCUUCUCUGGGUCCAUUGACUGCACCCUUGUGGCGCACGCUAUUGAUCGCAGCGAUGAGUUCGUCUCGGAAAAUACAUAUGAGGCGGCGGUGACCGCGACAGUCAUUGCCGAGGCGACGGAGCCUCUAUUCUCAAUAGCAACAAGAAGUUUCACGGCAGUGGAAGAUGGUGUGAUAGUGUGUGACUCGGUAGCAGCAUCACUGCAGGAUACGGAUGGAUCUGAGGCGUUGUUUUUGGUCGUGGAUUUGGGAGAUUACGAGAAGUACGUGACUUGGAUAACGUGGCGAUCAGAUGAAGUGGUGAUGGCGUUCUCAACGGAAGCAGAUGAUGUGGUUCCUACAAUAGUAUACGACAAGCCAUCGCAGUGGAUUGUGGCAGCUGGAACUGGUCGUGUGGAGAUGCGUGGCAGUGUGGAGAUCGGACUAGUUACAGGGUACAGCGAAGAGAUAAACUUCAGCAUGUGGAGUGUAGCGGCUGAGAAGGUAUAUUUGGUUUCGAGUGUGGCUUCGGAUGUAGCUGUUGCACGGGCGUUACCACUUGAAAUUACUGUUACUAUCAGUCCGAUAUGCCACGUAGCUACUGUGGAGUUGAGCCCAGUAUCGGCAGUGACGAAGCCGUUAAUUGCUGUCCCGAUUCAAGUGAUUGCAUCUACUAUCGACACGGAUGGCUCUGAGAUCAUAGCAGCACAAGUAUCUGUUAAUCGUUCGGCAGUGUUGAGUCUCUAUGGAACAAACUCGUCGGAGAAUUGGCUCACAGAUUCCGAUACAGUCACGCUUCCUCCAGUAUCAACCCAGAGCGUUUUCCGUGUGGAUCAGACGUUUGCGGUCGUCCCACGAGCUGAUUUCGUGGGAUUCUUUACGGUCAACGUGACAAUUAAGACAACAGAGUUGGCGACUGGAGAAGCCACGCUCAAUUCCGUAUUUACAACACUUUUAGUGAUUCCAGUGGACCCCGUUAUCCGUGUGAAUACCUUAUCUCAUGGGUAUUGGAACGAAUUCGUCCAGCUGCCGUUCCAGAGACUCGAUAUACAACAGGAAGAUGUCAGUCGUGAAAAUCUACUGCUUUACGCGGAGAAUAGGACUCAGAUCGCAGACGUUUACGCUGGCAUCAAGCGGUUGGUACCAGUUAAGCUAGGGGCCGUCGACGUCUACGUGGUCCCCUACACUCUACGCGAUGUGGUUAGCGUACGACCGCGUCAGUAUUGGUACGGGUACAUGAAACUAUUCGCUAUCAUGACGACCGUGGCGUUCGAUAUCGACUCGACAUCUAGUCAAACGGCGUACCAAGGCACUGGAAACGGUAUUGCGAUCAUAGAUUUACCCGUGACAAUCCACCCGCGACCGGUCUCGCCGUCAUACAGUCUUGUUUCAUCGUCUGAUGUUGCAGUGUCCGGGAAGAUUAUUUUUCUGAUGUUUAACAGUGUUCUUCCGUACGACGCAUGGGGCAGUUCGACCGGAGAUAUGGCGACUCAAUUGGCACUCACUCCUUUGCGUAUCAUGGACGCUGUAUUGGUUAACCGGUCGGUGGUUGCGAGUAACGCAGCCGUACGUGGAGUCGGAGAGUAUGGAGUAUACUCGAUGAGUAACAGUUGUGGUGAAACACACGUACACGUUAUCGUGGAUACGGUAUCUUACUACACUGGGACACUCUUAACGACUGUGGUAACUAACACCUCGGACGUGCUUCGACAGACGACAGUAACAAACGUUUCUAACAGCAAAGUGGAGCUGAUUGGAGAAGCUGAACGAGGAACGCUGGGCUUUGGUAAUGCCGUGCGUGUGUUCCACGUUGCAGACAACCAGAACGUGACGUUCCGUCUUGCAGACUUUGGAUUGAUGAGUGAACUGACUGAUCUAGUGAGUGUACAAGUAUUUAUACCUGAUAACGCCGUUGACGCUGUGGCUGUAGGAUCGACGCAGUUAAGUGGGGAAAAGGAGGCACAGUGGGGUGCAACGAUGAGCUUUGGAGAUUUACGGUAUGAACUUUACGGAGACAAGAGUCCUGUAUGUUUACCUGCAGUUGAGCCGUGUCUACUUAACCGAAUUGUGACGAUAUCACCACUUAAAUAUGCAACACAGACGUUCAACAUUACCAUGAGGAUCACGUCCACAGUAUCAGCGAACGACAAUUCUUUUAGCUCACUGUCGACCGUCACUACCAUCGCAAGAUGCCGAGUGGUGGUGGCUCCUGUACCAAAUGCCCCAUUACUGGUGUUGAACAGUACAGCAGUGACGAUGCUGGAGGACGUGGCUGGAGCGUUCAUAAUCGUUGAGGCUUCUACACCCGAUCGAGAUGGAUCGGAGAUAAUUGAAGUGGAGAUGAACUUCGACCCAAUUUAUCUCGACGCAGUUCUGGUGGAUGGAGUGGCGGUAACGACGCCUACCGUCGCAGGCCCUAUCGUGCUUAUUCCUCGCCGUUAUGCUGUCUUUAACAUAGCAAAUCGUAUUGUAUCUCUUGCCCCUCGUCGAAAUUUGGCCGGGAACUUCACGGUUCAAGUCGCUGUCACGAGUACCGAACGAUCAACAGGUGAGAGUAGUCGAGUCUCGACGAAUGUAAAUGUGAACAUCGUUGCCGUCGCGGACGCGCCAGUGCUUCGUAUCGGCACGUCGGAUAUUCGUGUGAACCAGAAUACCUCCGCUGAGCUCAACAUAACUUCAGUGGGUCUAACAGAUGACGACAAUUCCGAAACUCUUCGUCUUGUGGUGAUCGAUCCAAGUGGAAGAGCUCUCAAGACUGUAGAAGUGAUCGGUGGCGAGCCGUUCGUGAAAGACAGUACUUCCAGUAAAUUUGUGCUGACUUCAGUGCACCUUACAACUCUAACACUUCGACUCACUACGAUUGGUACGUGGUUCGGCUCAACGCAGCUUCAGAUCAACGCCGUAUCCCGAGAGUCAAGUAACGGUAACGAGUUCACGACGUCGACUAACGUAACGUUUACGGUACACCCCGUGGCUGAUACACCGACGCUUGUGGUGGAGAAUACUCGUGGACAAUUAAAUAAGACGACUCGGAUUGGUCUUUUGUCAGUGGGUAUUCCAACUGAUACAAAGUUAAACGCGACGUCGUUAACGGUGUAUUUACUGCCACGAUCGAGUGACGUUAUAGAAGUAAAGUGGCAGUCCCAAGUGUUGUUAUUAACUUUGGCAGAUGUAUCGCCUUCUGCAGUUUACAGACUCCCGUCGAACAGUACAUUGCAACAUCCUACGCUUACUGUAAGUACCGCCAAAUGGGUGAGUUCGGUAAGCUUCGAGAUGGUGGUCGUUUCAUCAAUUAGCGCAUCUAGUACGAUGCAGCGUGCGUCACAAGUUGUUACGGUGACAUUCGGAGCGAUUCAGCUAUCCGCGACGAGUUUCAGCCUUACGAAAGGUACUUCGGGGACGCUAUCGCUAACGAUGCUUAGCGCGCCAUUGAAUCCCGUAACUGUAACUCUAAACAGUACUCUAACCGCAAAAGCAAUUACUGUGCCCACGAUGGCUACAUUUACUACGACAGACUGGAAUGUUACCAAGAUCAUCCAGAUCCAAGCGUUGAAUAACUAUCUCGAAGACGCGAAUGCUGUUGCUACGAUCACUGGAACAACAACGUCGAAUGAUACAGUAUACUCUGGCUACUCUAUACCGAACGUAACUGUGGAUGUUCUUAACGAUGUCUCCGGCUUUGCUGUUUAUCAGGGAAGCUCGAAAACUACUACUCCAGCAUUAGUCGUCGCGGAGGGACGGGUCUUCACAGACACGUACAACAUCAUACUGCGAGCACAACCUAACGCAAAUGUGUCAGUACUAUUCACUGCUUCUCUUUCGAUUCUUCUGGUAUCUCCGACAAAUAUCACCUUCACAACAACAAACUGGAACGUCUCGAAAGCGAUUACAGUGGCAGCGGACGAUAAUUUUGUGGUUGACGGUGAUAGAACGGCGACGAUAUAUUCUGCUGUAACGAGUACAGAUCCACUGUACGCCACCAAGACGAUCGGUCCUGUGACCGUCAAGAUCGUCGAAACGAAGGACAUUACGCCUCCUCCAAAGGUGCUAGAUGCUAAGUUCUUAGACACAGCUGUCGGUCUUACUAUCACGUUCGACCGAGCGGUUGAUCGAACGACACUUACAGCCGAUAAUUUCGCCUGCAACGUACUGUUUGACCUCCCUUUAGCGACGGAUUCGACGAAUUACUGUGGUGUAUCUCCAUCGUGUACGUGGCUGACAGGGUCCGCGUCGAUCCGAUUCUCCACUGCGACCGCAGCGCUAGCAGCACCGACGACGACAGUGAUGAUCAGUGCGCCGGAUAAGCCUCCACAGCCACAGGUGCUAGUAACCGGAGCCACUUCUCUUGGUAUGUGCGACGACCUCGUGCUAGACGGUUCUAGUUCUUCAGGAUCCGGCGGCCGUCCGAUGACGUACACGUGGAUACUACUUAACACUACAAACGUGACUUCUGUCGCUGUAAACGCCGUCACAGCUCUACUAACGUCCGCUGCGACCACGAACAACGUCACGAUAAAGAUGAGUGCAUCUUUACUGGAAGCGGAUGGCACGUACUCGCUUAUCCUUCAAGCCAAGAACUUCUUCGGUAAAACAGGCAACUCGAACGAGAUCCUCGUUAAAAAGUCCGGAAUGGCUCUUCCGGCUGUGUCUAUCAAGGGUGGGAACUUACAAAGAGUUUAUCGUGCGAAUGAACUGGUGAUCACUGCUACUGCCAGCUAUCCGUCGUGUUCUGAGUCGGUGUCAACAGAUACUGAUGCUUCAGUAUCAACCGGUGUGAACAUGGCGUUCACGUGGCUUCAAGUGACGGGAGAUCUGACAUCUACGCAAUUCAAAUCGACCAGUCCGAACCCGCGUAUUCUCAAGUUACCAGCUAGGACUCUAACCGUGGGGGUGGGCUACGUGUUCCGGCUUAUAGUGGCCAUGACAUCCAACCCUAAGGUGAACAACAGCGCCGACGUACAGAUCAACGUGGUGCGUACAGACUUGACGGCGUUGAUAGCGGCGGGAAACAGAUCGAUCGGCGUGGAGCAGGAUCUGGUGCUGGAUGGAUCGCUAUCCGUCGAUCCAGAUGGCAUUCAAAACUCGGUAUCGAUGCAGUAUUCCUGGACGUGCUGGACGCUACACACAACUACUCAAGUGUACGACGUUGCAUGCUUGACUGCCACGAGAGAGACUUUAACGCUCGACUCAAAGGCGAAGAUUACUGUGGCUGCCAACACGGUGAACCCGAAUACGGUGUACAAGUUCGCUCUAACCGUAUCCAAAGACACUCGAACAAGCAGCACUAGUGUGUUUAUAACCAUGACGCCUGGAUCUCCACCUCAAGUUUCAAUCGAACCAUUAGGCUCCGCGAAGGUAAAUGCUAAUGACCGAGUGAUCCUCAAAGGAAAAGCAGUGUCUAAACUCCCGCUUACUAAGACGGAAUGGACGCUGGUGGGGGCGUCGGACGCUACGAUGAGCUCCAUCUUCGCCGUCCCUCGUGGACGUCUGAUGAUGCUUCUAAGCGAGGGAAAACUUACACCCGGAGUGUCGUACAAGUUUCAACUUAAUGCGACGGAUUCCUCCGGACAGACAGGCUCAGCGAUGAUUACAGUCGUUGCUAACUCACCUCCUAGCAGCGGAUCACUAACUGUAACGCCAGCAAUUGGUUACGCUCUUGAAGACACAUUCUCUCUACUCGCAAGCGACUGGGUGGACGAGGACUUGCCGCUUAAGUACACGUUCAAGUACAUUAAAGGUGCUACGUACUCUGGAGAGAAUGAGAUCGCGUUGGGAGCGUCUGUACCGGAUGCACUCUUUCAAUCACAACUUGGACAAGGAGGAGGUGACAACAACACCGUCACGCUUGUAGUGUACGUUCAAGACGCACUGGGAGCAACGACGCGAGUGACCAAGGAGAUCCAAGUCAAACCGAUGGUGGUAGCUGCAGCGGAUCAGGCGGCGUAUCUGGCGAACAAGACGAACGCAAUAAUGGCCGAAGCGCUAUCUGGGGAUCCAGGAAAGGUACUUAACACUAUCAACGCGCUGGCAGACAUGGUAAACGGGAAGGAGGAGAUAGCAAACGGAACGACGGGAAAUGUGUCGACCCCUGCUACAACCAUGAAGAGCUGUCCGACUUCCAAUUACGUUGAGUGUGGCGGAAAGGGAAGUUGUGCACGAGAGCCUACAGGAUGUUUAGCUUCGAAUGUGGAUUGUAUCGUCACGUGUGUGUGUUUUAGCGGAUAUUAUGGUGACAACUGUGCGCUGGAUGAGGCGGCGAUGGCAGCGAAGAGUGCGGCGUUAGCGACGCUUCUCGGUGCGAUGACGAAGGCCUCAGCGUCCGUAGAUGUUACAGAUGUGGCGGCGUUGGAGCAACAGGCAGCAAGUGUGGUGACAUUGACUAAGAGCGCCACUAUCCUUGACUCAAACUCGCAGAAGUUGGUAUUGAACGUUAUGGACAACAUCUUGGCUGCCCCCGUGCUCACACCGGCAGCGACGGCGGCGGUGGGCAACACCAUCUCCAACCUUCUAGAGAUCGAUAACUCAGGCGCAAAGACGACAACGCCAGCAUCAGCAACGAUGAAGAGCCCAACGUCGACGCCUACGACCACUACUAAGACUCGACGGUUGACUGAUUCGAGUGGAGAUUAUAGCGGCGGUACGGACGCUGCAGUCGGAGACAGUGAUACUAGCUCCUCCGUCGGGAGUACGUCGAGCUCAAGUGGCAGCACGAUUCCGGACGAAUUUGCGGCUGAGAAAGCUCACGCUGCCCAGGUUGCCAGCACUAUUGGGAAGUUGCAGACGGCUAUGCUUUCGUCUGCAGUCGCAGGCGAAGAACCGGUCACUCUAGUUACCAAGAAUCUUCGCCUCGUAGGAGCUCGUGAUACAGCGUCUCAAUUCUCCAACGGACGAACGGUUCAACUUCCACUCAGUGCUGCUCAGAUCGCAGCUAACUACACACCAGCUUCCACAACAUUUCCGACGGAUUUCGCGACAUAUCUGAAGAGCGGGACGAACGGCAGUAUAAGUGGCUCUGGAGCCGACGAAACAGACGAAGACGACCCGAUUGUGGACUUCCAGUCCAACGUCUUCGCUAGAAACCCAUAUGCGUUCGAUAACACGUCGAUUAACUCGCGCGUCAUGACAGUUAAAAUGAGUAGUAACGGCGAAGAGGUCGCAGUUCACGGUCUGCAGACUCCGUUCCGCUUGUUUAUGCGAAAUCUUUUGCCUGUCACGUUGCCGUCGAACGAUACUGCUGGGAACACUACUGCGUCGUCUAGCGAGAGCGGCAAUAAUAGCUCGAAUGGUGCACAGCGCUACACGUUCUACUGCUUGGAAGACACCAUUGAUGUUAAGUAUUUCAACUGUACGGCCAUUGAGGAGCUUAUGACCGUGCAGUGCAAUGGUUCAAGCUAUGCCGGUGAAGCUACGUGUCCUGUACGUCAGCCGUCGUGUACGUAUUGGGAUACAACAGCCGGAACGUGGUCGUCCGAUGGCUGUCAGGCAGUAGGAACCACAGAUGACGGCCUCUACACGAUCUGUGAGUGCACGCAUCUGACCGAUUUCUCCUCUGAAGUUACGCAGUCAUUGAGUCUCGUGACGGAGCAUUUCAUGAACGUCGUAACCCACCAGGUUACGGCCGAGGACGUGGAGGAGAACUUGCUUCUUAUAUUGACUAUGACUGGCUUCUUCCUCUUCUACGUUGUCUCAGUCUUCUACGUGAACCGCUGGGACUAUCGAGACCGUCGUAAAGCGAUGCGAGCGACACGGCAGAUGAAGAGAGGCGCUGCACCUCCUGAUAAGCUCAAGCUGCGGUCUCUGUUCCAGGAACCAGAGUAUUUGCAAGCCAAGGACUGGCGCUCCAAGCUGCGCGCGGUGGUCGUAGGCUUUGGACGCGGACUGAAACUAAACCACAAGCUGCUGUCCAUCGUGUUCAGAUACAACGAGAAUUACUCUCGCGCGCAGCGACUGACGGUCGUCUUCACUCUUGUUGCCAGUCACAUGUUUGUCAACGCGCUGCUGUAUCAACUCAAGAAAGGGCCGAAGAGUGUCGGAACGUCCGUCGUGUGUGCAGUAAUCACUAUGAUGUGUCUGCUUCCGGUGGGUUUUGUGCUCAUGAUGAUGUUCAAGAAGGCCGGGCGGACGCAGAAGUACCUCAUCCGAUAUCAGGUAGAAGACGACGUCGGGAACAUCGUGGAAGUGGAGACAGAUGCCUACGGACGCGCGAAGGAGUACUCCCCAGCUGAACAGCUCUCUAUGGACCUAGCAGUCCUUGCCCGCGGUGUCGAUAUGAACGCUUUACGACUGGUACACGACAAUCUGGAGCAGCAACAAGGUCUUGAGACUCGAAGCGGUCAAGUGUGUCGCGGUAUUUUCCUGGCGUUGUAUAACCGGGAUGUAGACGCGAAGCCGCCAGAACAUCACGAAGGAGACGUCGAUGACGACCCACUGGCUGGAGUACUAGUGCAGAUCAAGGCGCAUCUAAGAGAGCAGAAAACUCAGUCGCACAAUGAGGAUACGCACAGACAAAGCCGUCUUCUGAGCGCCUUACCGUUUAAACGGCACUCUUCGGAAGCAGCGCCAUCGGCAGAGUCUGUUACGGAUAUACGUGCUGGAAUGAUGCCGCCGGCAGCUCCAGUACUGGUGGAUCUGAAGCGUAUCGAUGAGGAGGAAGAAAAGAUAGUUGUGACAGAGCGUAAGGCGCUCGCGUUGAGUCAAUUGUGCACCAUGAUGAAGCGGCAAGGCGGCGAAGCACUGAUCAAUAGUAUGCUGAAGUUUGACCCCCUGUUGGUAUCCGCGGCGUCAGCUAAGUCGAUCGCUGCCAUCUGCGAACGCCUGGACGUUCUCGAAGAAGAGGAUGAAGACGACGUUAAUGACGAGAACACAAACCCUCAAACGAGCGAAGAAGAAGCAGCAGCAAAAGCUGUGUUGGCGUUGCAAGCGUGGCUGGUUAAGUGCAACGAGUCUUGUGAAGCGCAGCAGACGAACGCGCGUGUGAUCGUGUCCAAGGCACAGGCAGAACUGGAGCGUACCGAGACUCAAUUGAAGAAACUACGCAACGCCAUUGGCAACGAGUUCGACCGCCGUAUAUCUGAAGCCAUGGCGAUCGAACUCAACGGACCGAACGUCAACGAUCUACUCGACAAGAGCCGACAGAGCGUGCGUCGUGUAGCCCGUCGACGGCCAAAGGACCAGAAGGCGGAAGCAACUCUACGAGAGGAUAAACGCCGUAUCACAGUGACUAUCAAGAAGGACACCCAGGCCGUUCUCAAGGCCAAUCAAGCGCAACUCGUUGAGAAGCGCAAGGCCAUUAAGAAGGCGAAACAAGCCGCUAGAACGGAGCAGCGGCGACUGAAGCGUGAGCGCAAGCACGAACAAGACAAGAUACUUGAAGGAUUACGCGGAAUCGCACGGCUUAAGAAGCGUCUGCGACUGUACUUAGAGGCCCGAGAAGAACGCAAGAUAGCGGCGCUACCACUUCAUGAACGCCAGGCGUAUUUGACUGAGAAGGAGCAACUCAAGAAGAUCCAACGCACGUCCAGACUGCUGUACAACGCAUUCUUGCGACGCCAGCCAGCGCAUCAAACUAAGCCGUUGCUGCCGGAAUGGGUCGUGUACUUGUCGUACACAAUCUGCGGCGUCUGGAGCGCCUGGUGCGUCUACUUCGUGCUCAUGUUUGCCUUCACUAUCGAUCAAGUGGAAGCGCAACUUUGGGUGACGUCUCUGCUCUCAGGUUUGGCGCUUAGGUACCUCAUCUCGGAUCCGCUCAAAGUGUUCUUCCGCAUGGGUCUUAUGCCUAUCGUCGCGGCUGGAGUUCUUGCCAACUCGGGCUUCUUUAGCGCUCUCAGCUCGGAACCCUUGGCGUUCGGAGCUGCUGUAGUCGCGGUGGGUGCCGGCAGUAUGGCUGAGUAUGUGGAGAAGAAUCGACGGGAACGUCGCAGCCAGCGCAAACUUUCCAAAGCGAACUCGACGAAACUAGUGCCGGUGAGUACGGCAGAAGAAGAGAACAGUGCUGCAGAAGGUGAACCAGUUCACGUAGACAAGGUGGUGGAGAUGGGACGCGUGGACGCAAACGACAGCGGAGACGACAGUGAAGAAGAAUCGGAGAGGACGAACGACUCGUUCAUAGACCUCACCCGGCUCAGCGUGCGCGACAGCGUCUUCAAUCAACCUUCGCACGGACCGCCCAAGCUUGCAGUCAAGAAAGGCCCACCCGUUGUGAUGCUGCGGUCGAGUGGGGCAGUCAUAGCUGAGCCACCGCUGACUGAGUGUGCGUCGGCGGUGCCGGUGGAUCUUACACGAGAGUGCGCGUGUGGCAUGAAGGUGUUGGAUGCGCAAUGGACUGAGCAUGAAGCUGCACACCCCUCGUCUGAAAUCGUAAGGUGCCGUGUUGGAUGCGGGAGAUCCAUGCAGGCUCGAGGACGUGACGCACACGAGCGCAGCCACUGCCGACUGAUCAUGUGUGACUGCGGCAAGAUGGUGCCGACUCCGUCACUGGAGCUGCAUCGCACUGCCGUAGAUGCAAACGACGGUGUGCUGUCACCUGGUGUCGUUCCUGCGGACCGGGACCCGGUCGUUCCGUGUAGACUACCUGGUUGUGCAGCGAGUAUGCGUGCGUCUCGCCGUGAUGACCACGAGAAACACGACUGUUUGUUUCGACUUGUACCGUGUCGGCGCUGUGGCGUCGAAAACCUCGCCGGGGAGAUGGAUACGCAUUUGUCUCGUGAAUGCACGCAACGACGACAGUCUCAACUGACGCUCUGUGUGUGUGGCAAGAUGGUCAGGAGAGGCUCGAUGGAGACGCAUCGGACCAACGAAUGCAGUCGAAGAGAAGCUACCAGCGACGAAACUGUACAGAGAGCACCAUCACUGUCCGUUCUGGUGGAAUGUAGACUACCGGGUUGUACUGCUCGCGUGGUCGAGACGCUGCGAGAGAGUCAUGAACGUGACUGCAGUUUCCGUCUAGUCACGUGUCCGCAGUGUUCAACUGAGCAUCCUGCAAUGAAAAUGGAGCAGCAUUUAACCGGGUGCACUAAAAAAACAGAGCCUCAACCGAUUCUCUGUGCUUGUGGAAAACUUGAGACGAAGGAAGCUGCGCACUGCUGUACAGAAAGGGGUUCGGCUACAAUUCAGCCACAGGCUUUACUCGUAGUGUGUCGCCUUCCUGGAUGCAACGCACGGAUGCGAGCAGCACUUCGCGAAGCUCACGAACGGCACGAAUGCGCUCACCGCAUGGUGACAUGCAUUAAGUGUGGCCAGGAGCGACAUGCAGCAGACAUGGAGACGCAUCUGUUGGGCGAAUGCGUUCUGCAGAAUACUCAGCAGCCAGUAAAGCGACCCGUGAGUGCGUUUGAACCGCCUACUGACGCCGUGCUCAAUAUCAGCAAGAGAACCAUUGAAGUUCCUCCUAGUCCCAAAAAGAAGACUACAAGACUACCUGCGAUCACUACUGUUAUCGACAGUGAAGCUUCGACUUCACCGACUUCCCCUACAAUCGCUAGUCAAACAGUUAGUGUACUACCUGGAAGUGUGGAGUCGACGGAUGAAGCUUUGAAGGGCGAUCAGAUGUUCUCUCGACGAGAUACACAUACAGCAUCGCGAGCCACUACAUCCCGUUCUGAUGGAGCGUCUUCUAUUGGUAGAGCCCAGACCAAGCCACAGUUUUCUCCACGACUCGAGAAUGACUUGUUGGGUCAUUGUGUUCAGGACAGGGACCAUCAAAGUGACAUAAAACCUGGUAAUUGCACCCGUUAG